CGACAGAGAAGACAACCUCGGCUCAAUUCUUGAGCACAUAAGAACACCCUGAAAUGGCUGAAAAGAUUGAAAUUUUAAUAUAAAUUUCUCUUAAGCUUACCGACGAAUCACGGUUAUCCCUCCCAAUCCCCAGCACGGCACUAAGCUCCAAGAUAGCGCUAGUCAACGGUCCAAAAGGAAGAAAAAUCAGACCCGACAAAUCAUUCUCACCUGUUCUUGAUUCCUGGGUUUCUGGGUCUGUGUUGAAUUUUCGGUUUCUUGGUUUUCCGAUGAAGCCGAGGUUAUGGGUCGGCCUGUGGCUCUUGUUGGGGCUGCUGGUCUCGGCCCCUCAGGCCGCUGAGUCGAGGUGCUCUAAGGGCUGCGACCAGGCCCUUGCCUCGUACUAUGUCUGGCAAGGGACCGACCUCACCAACAUAAGCAGGGCCUUCAACAUGGACAUCACCACGAUCGCGGCGUACAACCCUGACCAGAUCCCGAACCAGGAUAGCGUCAAGUGGGGGAAUAGGAUCAACCUCCCGUUCAGAUGCGACUGCAUCGGCGGUUCCUUCCUCGGACACCAGUUCAGUUACACGACAAGGACCGGGGACACCUACACGAAGGUCGCGGAGGAGUGGUACUCGAACCUCACCACGGUCCCCUGGCUGCGGCAGUUCAAUAGUUACUCGGAUGUCAGUAUCCCCGAGAACUCGCAGCUGAAUGUCACGGUGAACUGCUCGUGCGGGGACGCCACCGUGUCGAAGGACUACGGGCUCUUCAUCACGUACCCCCUUCGGGAGGGGGAGACUCUCGAGACAGUCGCGAACUCCGCGAAUCUGAGCACCGAAUUGAUUCGGAGUUAUAAUCCUGAAGCGAAUUUUAGUCAGGGUAGCGGGCUGGUUUAUAUUCCUGGAAAAGAUAAAGAUGGAAAUUACCCAGCUUUGACAUCGAGCACAGGACUAUCAGGUGGAGUUAUUGCAGGCAUAUCAAUAGGAGUGGUUGUCGUGGUACUGGGAUUGGCGUUCUUUGCCUAUGCCGGAAUAUACCGGAAGAAGAGGGUGAAGCAGGCAGUAUUGCUCUCCAGGUCCCAGCAACAGUCGGCACAAAGCGGAGAAGAUCCAGACAGCUCCUUGGUCAAAUCUUCUGAAUCCGCUGGUCAAGCAGGAGGUGGUUUGGGCAUGACAGGCAUCACGGUUGACAAAUCUGUGGAGUUCUCAUAUGAAGAAUUAGCAAAGGCAACCGAUAACUUUAGCCUGACUAAGAUCAUCGGUAGAGGUGGGUUUGGGGCCGUCUACUAUGCGGAACUGAGAGGCGAGAAAGCUGCUAUAAAGAAGAUGGACAUGCAAGCUUCAAGAGAAUUUCUUGCGGAACUGAAGGUCUUAACACACGUUCAUCACCUGAAUCUUGUGCGGCUGAUCGGAUAUUGUGUGGAGGGUUCACUCUUCCUCGUGUACGAGUUCAUCGAGAAUGGCAAUCUAAGUGAACACCUUCGUGGAUCAAACAGGGAGCCACUUCCUUGGUCCAUCAGGGUUCAAAUUGCGCUCGAUUCAGCUCGAGGUCUCGAAUAUAUUCACGAGCACACUGUCCCAGUCUACAUUCACCGUGACAUUAAGUCGGCGAAUAUAUUGAUAGACAGGAACUUCCAUGGAAAGGUUGCAGAUUUUGGAUUGACGAAACUAACUGAAGUUGGAAGCACAUCUCUUCCUACACGGCUUGUGGGAACUUUUGGAUAUAUGCCUCCAGAAUACGCCCAAUAUGGUGAUGUCUCUCCAAAAGUUGAUGUGUAUGCUUUUGGUGUUGUCCUCUACGAACUUAUUUCGGCCAAGGAAGCUGUGGUCAAAGACAACGGAUCAGUCGCCGAGUCGAAAGGCCUUGUUGCUCUGUUUGAGGAGGUUCUUAACCAACCUGAGCCAAAGGAUGAUAUCUGCAAACUAGUUGACCCGAAGCUUGGAGAUAACUACCCGCUCGAUUCCGUCCGAAAGAUGGCCCAACUGGCAAAAGCGUGCACUCAAGAGAACCCGCAGCUGCGACCAAGCAUGAGAUCCAUCGUGGUCGCCCUCAUGACCCUCUGCUCCACAACAGAGGAUUGGGACGUCGGUUCCUUUUAUGAGAACCACGCCCUGGUCAAUCUAAUGUCAGGAAGAUAGAAACAUCCGCCUGAUCGAGGUUCUUGAUGAUGACACGGGUUGGUGUUUCCUGUUCUGGAGAACGAGUUUCAUGUUCACACGAGUUUGUAUAUUGCCUUGUAUAUUAUUAUGGGAGACUCUGUAAGUUCAUUCUGUUGAUUUCUCGUUUUCCCUUUAAAGUAAGAGGAGAGUAUUUGAAGUUUAUAUUUUUAUGGAGCAUUCUCCUUUACAACGAGCAUUGAACGUGUAACGAUUGGAAUCUUCCUUUUUCGUUUUUUUAUUUAAUAAUAGAUUUGAUUAAUUUAGAGAAGAA